AAGUAAAAAAACCAAGUAAACAAAUUGACUCAGAAAUGCAAGUCCACACUCUACAUCCCAACUGCCCACUCACAUCUCAGAUCAAACAAAACAUUCACAUAUUAUUAAAAGAAAAAAUCACCCGCAAAUUCAGACACCAGAAAACCUGUCUUGGCUCAUAGAUCUAAAAACAAAUCCUUCAUUUAAUGUAAACCUCUCUGGGUCGGUAGAAAUAGUAGUAAAGCACAAAACUUUCUGCUUUUUUAAGCUUUUGCAUACUCUUUAAGUGCAUCAGCAGCCAAGAAAAUUUUGGAGGGAGCAAAAAGAUGGGGUUCACAAUGGGUCUAAACUUGCUUCUGUUAGUAGCAAUGGUAGCUACCAACAUUCUUUCUUUGUAUCACCUCUCUUCCAAUCUCCAAUCCAAGCCCCCUGUUGCUCCUCCUGUUCCUGACCACCUUCUUCACCAGCUUCAAACCAUACGCGCCACCAUUAACCACCUCACGCGCCUCCAGCCUCCUGCUCCUCCAGCUGCUGCUGCCAAGAAAUCUAUACUCGCCAUCCCUUCUGACCUCCUCCUUUACACCCACCUAUCACCUAUUGCUUCUUCUUGUAAAGACCAUCCUGAUUUGCUUCAUCAGUACAUGAACUAUACACCCUUUAGUCUUUGCCCCUCAGAUUCUUCAGUAGCUGAGUCCCUUAUCCUCAGAGGCUGCCACCCUCUUCCUAGGAGAAGAUGUUUUUCAAGAACCCCUUCUAGUAUUCCCACUUCACUUCCUAAAACCCCAUUUUCUACACUCCCUGAAAAGGCCUUGUUGUGGAACAGUUACUCUUGCAAAAGCUUUUCUUGUCUGUCUCAGAAAAAUCCCAACUUGGGAUUUGAUAUGAAAGUUGAGGGAUCAAGAUUCUUGGGUUAUAAAUCAGAUCUGGAUCUUCCAAUUCCACAGUUUCUCCAGCUUACUAAGUCCUCAAAAAGUGUGAUUAGGCUGGCACUUGAUAUUGGCGGCGGUACAGGAACUUUUGCAGCACAAAUGAAGCUGCAAAAUGUGACUGUAGUGACCACAACUAUGAAUCUUGGUGCCCCUUAUAGUGAGACUGUGGCACUCAGGGGAUUGGUGCCAUUACAUGUGCCUUUGCAGCAGAGGUUGCCUGUGUUUGAUGGGGUUGUGGAUCUUGUGAGAUGUGGCCAUGCUGUGAAUAGGUGGAUUCCAUUGACUAUGAUGGAGUUCUUGUUUUUUGAUGUUGAUAGAGUGUUGAGGGGUGGUGGGUAUUUAUGGUUGGAUCAUUUCUUUAGUAAAAAGGCGGAUCUUGAGAAGGUUUUCCAACCCCUGAUUUGGAAAUUGAACUACAGGAAGGUGAAGUGGGCUGUAGCAAAUAAGAAUGAUGCUAGUGGUGUGAAGAAUGGGGAAGUUUAUUUGACAGCUCUACUUCAAAAGCCUUUUUCUAGAUGAGUCUCUAUUACAGAUACCACUGCUAGAUUUUGAUGAUUAGUUGAUGGCAAAUGCUAUUUCCCAGGAUAAUUCAAGAUCUUCUCUUUCUCUCAAGGUGGAGAAAUGUAAUUAGUCUGCAUUCAGAGUAAUUUUUAAGGAUCCACAAAAUAGAAAGCUGCGCACUACAUAAAUACAAUCUGCAGCAAACAACAGCAGCAGCGCUAAUAGACAGCGGUUUUACCAAGGAGCAACAAGAUUUAGUUACUUCCUUUCAUUCAUUUGUCAGUUUGGUAUAAUCUUGACUGGUUUUGAAACUAUACGAGUGGAGAAUUUCAUGGAGAUAACAAAGCUUGAAGUUUCAAAACGAUUAUUGGAACUGUAAAGAUAUUGCAGGAAAGUGAAAAUUAAAGAACUGCAAUCCCAUUCUGCCAUAUAAAGAGUGAUGCUAGUGUGACAGUUGGAUUGCUGAGUUCUUUUGCUUAUUUCAUUAUUUCAACUAUUAAUUAAUGGAUUUCCUGCUUUAAUA